GUUCCUCCGAAGCAUUGAAUAAUUUUGUCCUUUAUAUAACAUAAAAUCUAGUGCUCAGUCUCAUUGUUCCGCAUGGCUUCCCUUCGAAGGCUUGUUUCUAGGACAAGCAUUUCUCUUUCUCGAGUUUACUGCAACUUAGGGUUUGGAGGUACCUGUCGUAGCUAUAAUGCCGUUAAUUCAGCACCAUUGAAAUUGGAGGAAGAUACGCGAGCUGAAAUGGGCGGAAAUUCAUCUCUUGAUACUGAUGAAAUAGCGAAAAUUCGCCAAGAAUUCGAUGCAGCUAAACAAAGCUUUCUCAAGAUUCCCGAGGCCCUUAAGGGAAUGCCGAAAAUGAAUCCUCAAGGCAUAUAUGUUAACAAGAACUUGAAUCUGGAUAACAUCCAAGUUUAUGGAUUUGAUUACGACUAUACGUUGGCACAUUAUUCUUCUAAUUUACAGAGUUUGAUAUAUGAUCUUGCCAAGGAGUAUAUGGUUAAUGAGUUUAGGUAUCCAGAGAUAUGCAUGAAUUUCAGAUAUGACAAGGAUUUUCCUAUUAGAGGCCUAUACUAUGACAAGAAAAAUGGUUGUCUCUUGAAGUUGGAUUUCUUUGGGUCAAUUGAGCCUGAUGGAUGCUACUAUGGGCGUCGCAAGCUAAGUUUGAAUGAAAUAAAACAUAUAUAUGGUACGCGACAUAUUGGUCGUGACCAAGCACGGGGGCUUGUUGGCUUGAUGGAUUUCUUUUGCUUUAGUGAGGCAUGCCUUAUUGCAGAUAUAGUGCAGCAUUUUGUUGAUGCUAAGCUGGAAUUUGAUGCGUCAUACAUCUAUCAAGAUGUAAACUGUGCAAUUCAGCAUGUUCAUCGUAGUGGGUUGGCUCACAGAGGAAUUCUUUCUGAUCCUUGUAAAUAUCUUGUGAAAAAUGGCCAGUUACUACACUUUCUUAGGAUGCUGAGAGAGAAGGGGAAGAAGCUGUUUCUGUUGACUAACUCUCCUUAUUAUUUUGUUGAUGGAGGCAUGGAUUUUAUGUUGGAGGAUUCUUUGGGUUGCAGAGACUCGUGGAGGGAACUUUUUGAUGUUGUGAUUGCUAAAGCCAAUAAGCCAGAAUUCUACACAUCUGAGCAUCCAUUCCGUUGUUAUGAUACAGAGAGAGACACCUUAGCCUUUACAAAGGUGGAUAAGUUUCUACCUGGACGAAUUUACUAUCAUGGAUGUCUCAAAUCCUUCCUACAAAUUACCAAGUGGAAUGGCCCUGAGGUGAUAUAUUUUGGUGAUCACCUAUUUAGUGAUCUGAGGGGGCCUUCAAAGGCCGGGUGGCGCACUGCAGCCAUCAUCCAUGAACUAGAAAGUGAAAUACGUAUACAAAAUGAUGACAGUUAUCGUUUUGAACAGGCGAAACUUCAUAUCAUACACGAGCUGCUUGGCAAAUUGUAUUCAACUGUAGCUAAUGAUAGGAGAAGCGAAUUGUAUCGGUUGCUUUUAGAGGAGCUAAAUGAGGAGAGGCAGAAGACACGACAGGAGAUGAAAAAAAUGUUUAACAAGUCAUUUGGAGCCACUUUCCUCACUGACACAGGUCAAGAAUCUGCUUUUGCCUAUCACAUCCAUCAGUACGCUGAUGUCUAUACCAGCAAGCCUGAGAACUUUUUGCUCUACUCACCUGAAGCAUGGCUCCAUGUACCCUUUGAUAUCAAGAUAAUGCCACAUCACGUAAAGGUUCCAUCAACCUUGUUCAAGAAUCAAUAGAGUUUAAUCUUCAGCAGAAUUAUUUUGGCCGAUUAUCAGCAGCUGCUUCAUUUUGUUUUUGAUGCUGAUUUGCUAUGCUUUCCAUGAUUUGAGUUGGGACAACCAAUCAGCAAUCAGUUUUUGCAUUAUCCGGAAGUGGCUGUUUAUUAAGAGAGAUAUCCCUUGUAAAAUUAAGGAAAAAAAAAACAAUUAAAAUAAAUUGGUCUCCUGCACAGGCUUGCUUGUGCAGGAGCGGAUGAAAGAUUCAUUUCAUUCUAUUAAUAUGUAGUCUCUUAGAUUGAAGUAUGAUAUCAUUCUUUUAGUAAUGAUUUUGCAGCAACUUGGACAAAUACUAUAUGAAAUGAAUCUGCUUUCUACUGUGCUUGCACAGUUCUUGGGGGAUCUCAUAUUCAACUGAAAAACUAUACCGAAAUAUUAAGAAUCAUAUCAAAUCAAAUUUAUUUUA